CUCUCAUCUACAAAUCGCAGUUUUGUAUACUUCUGCACGAACUCUUGCUUACAUAAGCCCCCCAUCUCUCUCUCUCUCCGUUCGGAUCUCUAUAGCUUUUGCGAUUCACAGAGAAAAACUGGGGGGAAAAUAUGACGAUGUUUCACUUCUUAAACUGUGCAAUUCUAACGUUCGCUCCCCACGCAGUAUACUACUCUGCCACGCCAUUAUCCGAAUAUGAUACACUUGGGACUUCCAUUAAAGCUGCUCUCGUUUAUCUUGGAACAACGUUAGUCAAGCUUGUUUGUCUGGCAACAUUUCUUAAAGAAUCUGAAAGUGACAGCUUUGAUCCAUAUCAGGAACUGUUGAAAGCUUUAAUUGGCUUUAUAGAUGUUGCCGGCCUUUACUUUGCCCUGACCCAGUUGACUCACAGGAAUAUCUCUCAAAAUCACAAGUUCCAAGCCGUUGGACUUGGAUGGGCUUUUGCCGAUUCUGUGUUGCAUAGACUGGCACCCCUUUGGGUGGGUGCUAGAGGACUAGAAUUUACUUGGGAUUACAUUCUGCAAGGCGUUGAAGCAAAUGCAAAUCUGGUGUUGAGUAUUUCCCUUGCUGCAUUGGGAUCUUUGAUUUGGCUCCGGAAAAACAAACCCAAGGCUUUGGUUCCUAUUAUUUAUGCAUGUGCAGCAAUAGUGGCAACGAUGCCAUCAAUCACAAGCUACCUGAGGCGAGGACUGGGAUGGCACUUUCCGAAGGUGGUAAGUUUUGAAUUGUUCACCUCGUUGGUGAUGGCUUUUAUUAGCUGCCAGCUAUUUGCCGCAUGUCAGAGACCAUCUAAUUGAGGAAGCCCUGGACCACCCUCAAUAAUGGAGAUUAAAUCAAAAAGAUGUUGUUAACAAACGGCUUAAUUCUUGUCUGGAUAUCAAGUCUUGGUUACGGGUAUGUCCUGAGGCAACUGUUUGUAUUAUUCACCAGAGUCUACUUUCGAUCCAUAAACUGUUAACAUCCAUGAUAUGAUACGCCCUUCUCUGCUGUGGAACUCCAGCAAAAUUUUGUGCUAUUAAGGAGAUUAGUUUGAGGUAAGGUUCUAUUCAUGUCAACCCGUGUGUACCUUUAUCAUGAAUUACUGCAGUAUUUCCUAGUGAUGGGAAUCUCUU